GUGUUUCUGUGCUACGGUCAGUUCAUAUUCGGUCCCGAUUUCCGCUCGCUGGUGCUGUCGUUCCUGCUCAUCCUUAUACCGGGGAUACUCUUCUGCGUCUUCGUGGCCGCGCAGCUUCCUGGAAAGAUUCCUGGAGGCAUCGUCGUGCUUCCAGUUGCUAUCUGUUACAUUGCAUGGAACCUCUUCAUUCUGGUAUUCACGGCGUGCAGGGAUCCAGGCAUCGUGCCUCGCAAUCUCGUUCCACCUGACCCUGAUCCGGACAUGCUAGAAGCUAUGCGCCUGGAGGGGGCGGGGCUUGCCACGGGGGGAAGGUUUAGUCUGCCGAGAACUAAAGACGUGGAGAUUAACGGGUUUCGAGUGAAAGUUAAAUACUGCGACACGUGCCUUCUGUACAGACCCCCCCGCUGCUCGCACUGCAGCGUGUGCAACAACUGUGUGGAACGAUUCGACCACCACUGCCCGUGGGUGGGGCAAUGCAUAGGCAAGCGCAACUACCGGUUUUUUUACAUGUUCACCGCCACAACAACCCUCCUCUGCCUGUUCGUGUUCGCCAUCAGUGCCCUCCUCCUCGUGCUACUCGUGAAUAACACUUACGAGCCAGGGGGGCAGCCCAGGACUCUCUGGGAGGCCAUGGGGCAGGCGCCUGUCGCGGUGAUUUUGAUGGUGUACACAUUCAUAGUGGUGUGGUUCGUGGGAGGGCUUACUGCAUUCCAUACAUUCCUCACGGCCACCAACCAGACCACGUACGAGAACUUCCGCAUGCGCUACAAGCGGAAGAACAACCCUUACGACCUCGGCAUUCCGCGCAACUUCCGGGAAAUUCUCUGCGGCCCUAUCCCGACUUCCCAAAUCGACUUUCAAGCGGAAGCGCCCCAACCAGUCAAACCCCCUGGAGGCACCUCCUCACUCUCCUCAUCAUCUGCCACAGGUGCUGCCGCUGCCUCUGCUACUGUUACACCGGUUACCAUCUCAGACACGAUUGGUACCACUGCUAGCACCACUGCUGCUGCUGGUGCUGCUGCUGCUGUUACUGCUGCUGCUGUUGCUACUGCUGCUGGUACUGCUGCUGCUGGUAGUGCUGCUGCUGGUGCUGCUGCUGGUGCUGCUGCUGGUGCUGCUGCUGGUGCUGCUGCUGGUGGUCGGAUGGUUAGCAGUGAGCCUAUCCGCAGUGAUGCGAUAGGGAGGGACGAAAUAGGCAGUUCCUCAUCAGCAUUUGAAGCAGCGUAUGCCGCCCUGCUAGCCCAGUACGCCCUGCAUGGGGAGGGGGAGGAGGGGGUGGAGAUCGGGGAGAGAGGGGAAGAUGGGGGGGAUGGGGAGGGUGCGAGGAUUGAACUUGGGGAGGGUGGGGAGGGUGGGGGAGGAGGUGGUGGGGGUGAAACGAAUGGCGAGACCGAUGCGAUUGAUGAGAAUGGUGAGAAUAAUGGGAAUGAUGGGAAUAAAGAGGAUGAGGAGUCUUCUUCCUCUCCAGAUGUGCCUAUAGGCUCUACAUCUGCCGAGCCCGGCUCCUGCCAGCCCUCCCCACCUAGGUUCGGAUCCAGGGGGUGUUCGCCGCUCAAGGGGAUGUUUUCGCCGUCGAGCAGAAGUCUUUCGUCUGGAUACGAGUUGGUGGAAGGUGUGGGAUUGACAGGAGAUGAUGGUGGUGCUGCAGCUGAUGAUAUUCUUGAGAGCAGCACAUUGGGACGAGGAUCACUAGGUUAG